GUUGGUUUCCUGCUUUACUCUGCUUGCAAGAUUGCUGAUGAAAUUGGGGACAGGAUGGGAAGGAGUGACGUGUGACAUGUUUGGCCCCUCAAGCAUGGAUGGAGGGAUCUGAGUCGAAAAGAAGUUUCGAAGCAACAAAAAGUAGAAGAUAUGAAUAGUGGUGUGCCUGGCUACAGUCUCGACGAACGACAGUGUCAGGAAAAAUAACAAAAAAUAACAAUAAGAAGCGAUUGAAGAAGGAACGAAGUGGAGGUGCGAACAUGUUCAAGAAGGAAAAAAAAUUGUCGUGGCGAAAGAGAAGAGCUGCAAUGAAGCAAUUUCGUGAAGAUAUAUUGUUGGAACAGUUGAUUCGAAAGCCUAAAGUUAGUGAUGUUUUAAUAAUGGACACGUACGGUGAUAAUAUGAAUGAAACAGUUAACGGAAGGUUUUUGAUGCUAAGUAUAGCACUUCCUGGAUCAAUAUUAAAUAACGCACAAAGUCCAGAACUAAGAACUUAUCUUGCUGGACAGAUAGCGCGUUCGGCUGCGAUAUUCUGCGUCGAUGAGAUUAUUGUUUAUGAUGAAACAGCUCGAAUGAAACCACAACAACGUGACGAUUACUGCAGCGGAAAAUGGUGUCCAGAUCUGCCCGUUCACAGUGGCAAUGUAGAAUGUAAUUUUCAUCUGGCGAGAAUUCUGGAAUUUAUGGAAUGUCCGCAGUACUUGCGGAAAACCUUAUUUCCUCUUCAAAAAACGUUAAGAUAUGCUGGUAUCCUGAAUCCGUUAGAUUGUCCUCAUCAUCUGCGUGCGUCAGAUUUGAGUGUUCCCUAUAGAGAAGGUGUUGUGCUUGAUAAGCCGGUGAAAGCAGGUCGUGGACCUAUUUGUAACAUUGGUCUAUACAAGGAAGUUCAAAUUAAUGAAGAAGUUGUACUUCAAGCUGGAACUCGUGUUACAGUGAAAGUAUUGGAUAUUUACUCGGAAAGAAAGCGAUAUCAUGGAUGUUUGGUGAAUUCUCAACAAAUAAAGCGAGAAACUGGAUUAUACUGGGGCUAUAAAGUACGCAUUGCUUUAAGUCUUCAUGAUGCAUUGAAUGCUGGGGAAUACGAUGUUAUCAUUGGAACAUCGGAACGGGGAAAGCCAGUGAGCAAAUUUGAGAUGCCGUUAUGUGAAAGGAACCGAAUUCUAAUUGUUUUUGGUGGACUAGAAGGGUUAGAAGCAGCCAUAGAAGCCGAUAAAAAUAUCAGUUGUUCAACUCCUGAAGAACUUUUCGAACAUUACCUCAAUGUUGUACCUGGACAAGGAAGUCGAAUCAUCCGUACGGAAGAAGCCAUACCAAUUACUUUAGCCACUUUGGGGCCUGUGAUUUAUACUGAUUUAUGAAACUUUUCGUUUUUUAAAAUUGAUUUGAAGAAAUUUAAUAGUAUUCUUGUUGUUUUUCUUGUCCUUCUGAAGAAAUGAUAAAAGCUAACAUUAUGUUGAAUGUUUCUG